UCUGAUGCAGAGCAGAGGAGAGAAGCUGUAAAUAUAGGAGGCUACAUGCAGUGGAGAGCAGGAAAGAGUGGCAGGCAGACGGACAGGCAACAGCAGGCGGUGAACUGGGCCUGACAAGACGCUGCUAACUCAGCAGAGGCACUGAGAGCUCAGGAUAGAUUGCAGACAGAAUAGUCAAAGCGAAAGGCAGGGCUGGCAGGCAGUUGUGCCGCUCAGUCGCCACUGGGAGAGGCAUGGACACAGCUGGGCAAGUCGUGGCGGUGGUGACUGGACAGUAGGAGUCUAUUUUGGUCCCCCUCGUCAGAUGACGAUGUGCUCGUGAGGGAGAACAGGUUGCCUGAAGUGGGCUGCAAAAGUAUGUCAGGGCUGGACAAGGACGAGGAACCUGCUUACAGACUCUACUUCUAUUCUGCUUCUUUUCAGCGCUCCAACAGCCAUGACAAAGUGCGCAAGAUAGUGGCUGAAGAGGGCCGCGCUGCUCGAAACCUCAUAGCCUGGAGUGUGCCGCUGGAGAGUAAAGAGGAGGAAGCAAAGUCCAAAAACAACUGCAGCGGUAACUCCAGAGGUCAAAGGAUCCAUUCUGGACAGCAGAGGAAUAAGAAACAGAAUGUCGUGGAAAAUAAGGGCAUAGCUGGUGUGUUGUUGGACAAAGGGGCAGAGAAAAGCCCCACCAAAGCCAGGCAGCCCCGCAAGGUGGAUCUGCGAGCACGCUACUGGGCCUUCCUCUUUGACAAUCUGCGGCGCGCUGUGGACGAGAUUUAUGUUACCUGUGAAUCUGAUCAGAGCGUCGUAGAGUGCAAGGAGGUGUUGAUGAUGUUGGAUAACUAUGUGCGAGACUUCAAAGCUCUCAUAGACUGGAUCCAACUUCAGGAGAAGUUGGAGAAAACGGACGCCCAGAAUAGACCCACCUCUUUAGCUUGGGAGGUGCGUAAGAUGUCUCCGGGCCGCCAUGUAAUACCCACCCCCUCAGCAGAUAGAAUGGUUCCAUCUCCAGGUGCCCGCCGCACCCUCAACUUCAGUGGCCCCACGUCUACACUGGCUGCAACUCGGCUUUCUCACACAGGACCCAGUUGGGCAGACCGAGUCAAGUGUACUCAUUCCGUCCCUAGCUCCAGUCAACCGACCACAUCCUUGGUAGAAAAACCCUGUAAAAAGGAUGCUGAGGGCUGGGAGACCGUCCAGCGAGGCCGAACUGCCAAGCCUCGUUCUGCUGCCAUGGUUGCCAAGGUCAGUCCUGUCUUGGCUCGAGUCAACCCGAAACAGGACCACACGAAGGGUAACCAGUCACAUGUGCCGCCACAGGGACAGCCACAACUGCACCCUGCUUGUCCUCCGGCCAAGGACACGACCCAGACGGACACUGGACAGAAAGUCCCUGUGGAGCCUAAACCCCUGGAGGAGGUUGGGCGUCCUGAGAACAGGGACAUGAUGGAGCCCCCAGCAGAGACUGCACGAGAUUUGGAGCAGUGUGUUGACACAUCCUGUGAAGACGCGCCUCCCACCAUAGCAGCUCAUACCCCUUCCCAAGUCCCAGAGCCCACCCCAUCCUCAGCCACAACCCCACCAACAGACAUUACCCUGUCAGUCCCAGUCCCCCCUCCGACCUGCUCCCCAUCCCCAGAUCCUCCACAGAUGGAUGGGCUUGGUGCACUGGCUUUGGGGGACAGUGUGGCUGAGGGGGGCGCGUCACAGGGCAUGGCCACAUCUGCUCCAGGACAGGCAGAGACUUCCAUGGCAGCGCUGAAACUGGAGAGUGUGCUGGACCCCACAGAGCUUUCUACUCCACAGUCCAUGGCAGAGGUCCUGGCUAAGAAAGAGGAGCUCGCUGACCGACUGGAGAAGGCAAACGAGGAGGCGAUCGCCAGUGCCAUAGCUGAGGAGGAGCAGCUGACCAGAGAGAUUCAGGCUGAAAACAAUGAUCUGGAGACUGACAACGAAAGUGACUUCUCUACUGGCAUUGGCAACGGAGGUUGUGGACUAAAUAUGGACUGGAGUGACAUGUUGGCAGAUUAUGAUUCACGGGAGACGUGGCGUCAAAGCACCUCGUGGGGGGACAUAGUGGAAGAGGAACCUGCUCGUCCUCCUGGACAUGGGAUUCAUAUGCAUGAGAAACUGUCCUCACCAUCACGUAAAAGAACUAUUGCAGAGUCAAAGAAGAAACAUGAGGAGAAACAGCUGAAAGCACAACAGCUGAGGGACAAACUCCGGGAGGAAAAGACGCUCAAAAUGCAGAAGCUUUUGGAGAGGGAGAAGGAGGUAAGGAAAUGGAAGGAGGAGUUGUUGGAGCAACGUCGAAGGAUGAUGGAGGAAAAGCUGUUACAUGCCGAGUUUAAGCGAGAGCUGCAGCUUCAGGCGAUUGUGAAGAAGGCCCAAGAAGAAGAUGCCAAGGUGAAUGAAAUAGCUUUCAUCAAUACUCUGGAAGCCCAGAACAAAAGACACGAUGCCCUUGCCAAGUUAAAUGAAUAUGAGCAGCGACUUAAUGAGCUGCAGGAGGAGAGACAGAAGAGGCAGGAGGAGAAGCAGGCCAGAGAUGAGGCCGUGCAGGAGCGUAAACGGGUCCUGGAAGCUGAGCGGCAGGCGAGAGUAGAGGAGCUACUAAUACGGAGGAAGGAGCAGGAGGCUCGUAUUGAACAGCAGAGGCAGGAAAAGGAGAAAGCCAGAGAAGAUGCAGCAAGGGAAAGAGCCAGAGACAGGGAAGAACGCCUGGCUGCCCUCAGUGCUGCCCAGCAGGAGGCCAUGGAGGAGCUACAGAAGAAAAUUCAGAUGAAGCACGACGAGAGCAGCCGUAGGCACAUGGAGCAGAUCGAGCAGAGGAAGGAGAAGGCUGCUGAGCUCAGCAGUGGUCGACAUGCUAACACAGACUAUGCCCCCAAACUGACACCAUAUGAGCGCAAGAAACAGUGCUCCCUAUGUGGGGUUGUGAUCACCUCAGAGGUGCACCUGUUCAGCCACACCAAGGGCAAGAGGCACCAGCAGGCGGUGAGAGACGGCAGCAGCAUCCAGGGCCGGGAGCUCUCUGAUGAGGAAGUGGAGCAUCUGUCCUUAAAGAAAUACAUUGUGGAUAUAGUGACGGACAGCUCUGUUUCUUCAGAGAGCAUAAAGGAUGGAGAAGAACGUCAGAAGGCACGGAAGAAGGCGAAGAAGCUCCGGGCCCGGAUGAACUCCAGAGCAAAGGAAUAUGAGACGUCAAUAGAGACAAAGUCACAGGUCCCUGACUCCCCAUACAAAGCCAAGUUGCAGCGACUGGUGAAGGACCUGUUAAAACAGCUGCAGGGCCAGGACAGCGGCCAGUGGGCCACCAAUAAAGUGUCUGGUCUGGACAGAACUCUGGGAGAGAUCUCUCGCAUCUUGGAGAAACAGAACAAUGCAGACCAAGUGGCCUUCCAAGUGGGCGGCGGCCUGUCAACUCUGGAGCAAAUUCUCCAGGUCAUCACCGCUGCCUCCACACCCACCGCAGUCCCUCGCAUUCCUCUCAAAUCUCUCUGUGCCGCUGUAAAUUCCUACUACCUGGCAUGUUCCUGCUGCCCCUUCAACUGCUCGUACGUGCUGUUCAGCAACAAGAUCGCUCUCCUCAUGGACCUGCUGCUGCAUCAACUGACUUUGUAUGUCCCAGACGAGGACAAGUCCAUUUUUGGACGCAGUGUGAACAAGCAGGUCUUUGAGGGCUUGACAACGGGGCUGCUGCAGACCACUGCGACCAUCCUCGGGUCCCUGUUGCCACAUAUGUCGGAAUGUGGACAAGGUGAAAACAUGUGGAUUUCCUCCCCAGAUGCCAAGGUCAAAAGCUCUGCCUCGGAGUCCUUCAACACUCGCGCACAAGACCUAAUCAGUUACAUGGUAAAUAUGGGUUUGAUCGACAAGUUGUACGGCUGCUUCCUGUCUGUCCAAGGGCCCGUGGAUGAACACCCCAAGAUGUCCUCGUUCCUCCAGCAAGCCUCCGCUCUGCUGCACAGCGUGUGUAAGCUGUGCUUUGUCGUAACUGGACGUGCCCCCAGUAUAUUUGACAACAAACGCCAGGACCCGACCGGACUUACAGCCUUGCUGCAGUCCACGGACCUCGUGGGAGUGGUGCACACCCUGUAUUGCAUCCUACUGCACAGUUUCUUGCCGGAGUCGUCGUCCCAAAGUCAGGAACCCUACAGCGCUGGGGUCAUCCAGGUGGCUCUGCAAGGCAUCCGCUUCCUCAACAGUUUUGCCUUGAUCGACCUAUCUGCUUUCCAGUCUGUUCUAGGAGCUGAGGGCCUGUCUCUAGCUUUCCGGCACAUUGUCAGCUCUCUGCUCUGGUACUGCAGCCAGCAUUCCUCUGAAGAGCUUCUGCACGAAGUCAUCAUCUGUGUGGGAUACUUCACGGUUAACCACCCUGACAACCAGGUGAUAGUGCAGUCUGGCCGCCAGCCCAGCGUGCUGCAGAAACUGUGUCAGCUGCCCUUCCAGUACUUCAGCCACCCGCGCCUCAUCCGAGUGCUCUUCCCCUCGCUCAUUUCGGCCUGCUACAACAACCCGCACAACAAGGUGAUCCUGCAGCAGGAGAUGAGCUGCGUGCUGCUGGCGACGUUCAUCCAGGACUGUGCUGCUAACGAGAAAGACACCGACAACAAGGCGAAGCAAGGAGUUUACCAGCUGCUGGAUUACUGCGAGUUGUCCAACCGCUUCCCAAGAGAUCAGUGGGACUCUGCGCUGCAGUUCUUUCUCAAGAAGCAGGAGGAAUGAUGGAGGUUGCACACUGCUCAGAAUGGAGAAGCACAAUACAAACACUACAAAAGGGACUGAGACGCGUCCGUGUUUCUCUGUUUCUGUUCCCUUUUUACUGACUUCAGAUCUACGUUCUUCGAACUGUCAAAUGUAAAGUUUGUGAAGCCUUUUUCGGUGUUUGCUGCCUCAUAAGAAUUACUUUGCACACGUGUUUUUGUACGUUAACAGUUCCGUUGUGAAUGUUAGAUUCUCUUUAAAACAGUGACAACAUAAUUUGAAAUAUAAUGUAUUUAAACUGUAAUAAUUUGCCAAAUAUUUUCAUCAAUAUUAGGUUAAUUUAUUGUAUGUGUCUCAUGUGAAUGAAAAAUAACUAUUCUACAUUAUGCUAGUUACAGUUUAUGUGAUCUGUUUGAAUAUAUGUUCAGAUUUCUAUUUUUUAAGAUCACAUCUUUUCCUUUUCUCUCUUCAUUUAAGAGAAACAUGAGAUUAAUAUAAGUUAUUGUAUAAUUUACCUUCAUCAUAUAAAAUAAAAGACUUUGUUAUUCACUGUC